UGCACGCGCGUCCACUCUGCUGCGCUCGCGCUGUUUCGGCGGCGGCAGGGCGGGGUUUGUUUUGAGAGCGGACCGGAGAGAGAAGACUCACCAGGGAAGAUGGCGACCGCAGGGUCUGCCGAACGGCCUGGGAGACCGGCCAGCGCCACGGCCGCCGGCACGUCCCGGGCCGGGCUCGCAGCUCGGUGCCGGUCCGGGUCCAGCCCACCCGAGUACGAAUCCAAGAAGUGCAUGGCGUGCGCGGAGACCGGUGGCAGCCCGGCCGGCAGACACCUGGCCUGUCCGCUCUGCCUAGCCCGCAGACACUCCGGCAGCGAGGAGCGGCUCCGCGGGAGGAGCGACCACGAGAGUAGCAGCAGUAGGCCGGGCGGGAGGGACUGCGACAGCCGGAGAGAGUUCUUCGUCUCUCCGGUGCUCAUCCCGAAGUCUGCCGACGCUCCUUCGGGCCCGAGCGGGAAACACAAGAUGCUGCUGUGUGACGACAGAGAGGAGGUGAAGAGGAGGAGCUCUCUGAACUGUAAAGACGAGGCAGUCCGUCGUGAUGAAGAUCCGGGCGUCCUCUCUGACUCCGAGAACGAGGAGCCGAUCAGCAGGAGGAUCCGAAACAUCUCAGCCUUCAUCAGGAAAACCAAAAACUCAUCCGCUGGGAGUUGUCAGAGGAGCAGGAGCUGCACUGAUCCUGUGGAGGAUGGAGGAGGAAAGAUGAAAGUUGUCACCCAGCCGGCAGCCGUGAUGGAGCGGGUUGGCAUCAGCCACAGCUAUGCGGCAGGAAUCCUCCUCUCCUCUGAGAACAGCCGCUCUAUCUCCGCCCCCAUCACCGCUCCCGAUCGGAGGCUCACCUGGCGAGCUGUGCUGACAUCAUCUUCCUCGGCUCUCCUGUGCAUGCCUCCUCCCCGCCCGGAGCGCUCCAUCAGCCCCGAGAGCAACGACAGCAUCUCCGAGGAGCUCAACCACUUCAAGCCCAUCGUCUGCUCGCCAUGCACGCCACCCAAGCGCCUCCCGGACGGCCGCCUGAUGGAGCCCACCAUCGUGAAGUCCACGCCCCGGAACCUGACUCGCGGUCUGCAGAAGGCCACCAGCUACGAGGCCAGCCCUGCCGUCCUGCAGAAGUGGAGGCAGAUCGAGCUGGACCGCCAGAGCCUCAAGGUGAACUCCAAGGCCACGCUGACGAGCCCCGUCUCCGAGGUAAACCACAACAAGCUCGGCGAGGGCGCAAAGACGCGCCAGUCCCCGGCAGGAGACGCAGUGACGUCAGCAAACAAGAGGAGGCUGCUGUUCGACUCUCCAGCCGGCGACACGGACAACUUCCAGAAGCAGUCGGUGAAGAUCCGCGUCCCCGCGAUCCGCUACAGCAGCGAGUCGACCUUCAAGGGAGGCUUUGAGCCGCCGGCCGGCACUCCCGAGUCCUGCAGCACGGGGGCGCUGUUCAGUCGGAAACAGUCGUUCUCGCCCUACACCAAGAACUCUGGGGUGCAGUCCUGUAAGUUAGUGCCAAAGGACUCUCAGAGUCCCAGGAAGGAGUCCGACAGUAGCAUCCACAACCAGACUACCUCACGGAGGGGCAAGAAGAGGAAGCAGAAGACCAAACACCUGGACUCGAGCCGCGACUUGGAUCUGAAGAGGGGCCGGCCCGUCAACCAGGAAGCGCUGGACGAACGGUACAUCUGCCAGAUUCAGCAGGAGCGGCAGGAUCGAGCGCUCGCCCUGAAGCUGCAGAGACAGUUCGACCGCGAGAACCAGAACCGUAGAAGGAGCCCCGACAAGUAUUUCCUGCGGUCCUGGAUGUCCACUCAGAGCCGCAGGAGGCGUGGCCUGAGGAGGUCCCGACGAAUCAACAAGAAGCACUAGACAGACGGGAAGGAUCUCAUAUAUGCAAAGACACGAAAGGCGAAGGUUUAAUGAAUGUUUUCACUCGUCUGACAAACGGGUUUGUAACCUGGAGACGUUUCUUCCAAACACCAGCAGAUCACCAAAAACUGAACCUUCAGCUGCAGGACGGCCCGACAGUCAUCACCACAGGAAACGUCCUGGAAGUGUUUGAACUCGGAGGCUUAAUCUGAGCUUUUUUACAGAUCGCCGUUUCUCUGCAGCUGGAACAAAGAAAGCUUUCACAGGUUCAACCAUAAUCACGUGGCCCGGGGCAAAGCAUGUUUAUGUUGAGCUUCCAGUUAUAGAUCCAGGGUGGAUGUGAGGCCCUGAGCUGAACAUCGCAUCCCGACACCGCUGAAGGUGACGGCGGUGUUUCAUCUGUGUUUGUGCGCUGCGUUCCACAGCGGCCUGCGCAUCAUCUGAAAAUGAUGCACAGGUUCAGAUGAAGGCAGGCUGCACGCCGCCGGGCCGAACACGACUGUCGGUUCAGUCCGCUCCACGGGAUGAUGAUGAUGAUGAUGAUGUUUAUUAAUAUAGUUCAUUUAAAUCUCACCGGCCUCACAGUGAUCUCCGAGAGGCCGAGGAAAUCUAAAAGGAGCUUUAUGGAAAGAAAUGAGAUGAGUGUGAGUGUCGGCCUGAGCUGCUGUUGGACAGAAGUCUGUCUUUGUAUUUGUGACAGUUUAUGAAGCCCAGUUUGACUAAAAUAGCUAAAAGUGAAUUUUUAUUGGCUCUAAAACUCCAAAAGUCCAAAAUCAUGAUUCGUGUGUGUUUCGGUAGCUCAGAGUGUGACACGUGUCUCUUCGUUCAUAUCUGAACACAUCACUUCCCACCUGACGCUCCCUCUGGGUGUGCAGGUAACCCUCCACCCCUGAAAGCGUGACAUGUACCUGGUAUCACCCUCUGAGGUUGGAAGUGGACAGAAACCUGCAGGAACCCGGAGCACCGACGGUCGCUGUGGCGCAGGUUUCUGUCGGGGGUCAGCAGCACGUCUUUGCCCCGGGCAGGUGGAAGUUACCCCUGGUUUAUCCUCGUGAGAACUUUCCACAGGUUAAUCAAAGUCCAGCCGACCUGCACGUGUUGGGAAUGCAGGAGAAACCAGAACCCGCUCUGAAUAUAAGGAGGUGUUGAGUCAGACUUCUCCCAGCAGCCGAGGAUCACGGGACAUAAACUUCCUCUAGUAUAGCUGCUGGUGUCAUCCUGGUCUUCCAGUCUGAAAGUCGGAGCUGCCGAGGCUCGUGGGGACUGCGGUCUUUAGAACCCGAUUGGUCAGGAAGGAUUUCUACCUGAAUUCGGAUCAGGAGACUCACCUGGUCACUCUCAAGGAGCGAGGAGCCGUGUGAUUGGACGAGCUUUAUGGCCUGUGAUGUCAGAUGCUGGUGCAUUCAGACCAAAUGUGAAUUUACUGUGGUCACAGAGCUCUGACUGUGGUACUUUUAAAAUUAUUGAUUUAUAAAAAUCACGCUGGAGUCAGAACUUCACCUGUGGUCCACAGGAAGCAGGUGAGGCAGGUGUAGAGCCGACAGCCAUUUAGCAGGUUAGAGCCCCGUCUCUAUGUAGAGAAACUUCCACUAUUGGGCCAAGCUGAACCAAUCAGUGACAAAAUCCAGCCUGACCCUUCACCCCUCACAGUCAGCUGUUUUCUGUCUGCGACGUAAACAUAUUUAAUGCAGAAACUGCCUUCAUGCUGCGAAUACGGUCAGAGUUACAGCGUGAGGUGGUUUCCAAAUCGGGAUCUUUUUAAUGGUUUUGAUCGCUCCGUCAGUGCAGCAGAGGUCCACACGAAGCCUUCAGGCUGAAACCGUGUUUAAGCUGUCAGAAACUGCAGCUCGCUGCCACGCCCCUGCAGGAGCCUCAGCCUGAAGCGGAGGCUGAAGGUGGGCGUGCACGUGCUUGGUCUGAGCUCACCUUCACCCUCUGCUUCAGCUGCACGGCUUCUGUUUGCAGGUCGUCUGUAACGGUGAUGCUGUAGCUCCUGCAGGCCGUCCAGAUGUCUGGUUCCUCAACACACGUGUUUUUUCUCCAUGCUAAGCUCCGUCAGUGGUUUGCCUGAGUGCAGCGCCACGCUGUGUUCACACUGCUCAGAUCAGAGGCAGUCGCUGAGCGCUGGUAGGUCGCUGUUAGAAAAGCCGUACUCGCACUGAGCCUCAGUAAUGUCAUGAUUCACUCUGGGGGUCGUAUGUAUGAUAGACACUGAAGAAGAUGUGAGGGCGGGACAAACUGAGGACACGUCCACAAACAUGGAACGUGUUGGUGUAGUUACUCUGCAGUUCCUCUACCUGAACACCUGCAAAGAAACAACGAGGUUGGGUGGAGUUAGAACCAGACUGCAGCUCACAGGCUGGAUGUAAAAUAAAGGUGUAGCUCCUUAAACCUGCAUUCUCUCUGAUGUCCAGCAGGGGGUGGCAACUCAAAAAUCUGAGACACUCAUGCUCACCUGGUCUCUGUGCUCACUAACUCUUUCCUGAUUGGCUGAUCAUGAUUUUGGAGAUGAUGGUCCCGUCAGAGUCACAGGAAGCAGGUUAGGGUUUAGGGCGGGGCUACCUGUGAUUGACUGGUCGUGUCUGCCAGCAGCACAAACCCAGGUCCAGUUCAGUGACUGGAGUUACCUGAGGUAAAAGGCCACGCCCCUAAUAAUUGUAUUACUACCUUUAGCUUACAAUAUAAAGCGACUUGAGAUGGCUGUUGUUGUGAUUUGAUGCUAAAUAAAUAAAAGUGAAGCGAAUUCAAACCAGGUGAGCGUAAAAUGCAGGUGUCAUGAAGGGAAAUGAUCCACAGAGACCGACGGUGUAUCAGGCUGCAGACGUGUUCAUUUUAUCACGGGAGUCUGCUGCCUCUGCUGGACGGUGGAGGAACUGCAGGCUUUGGAGGUUUAGCUGAUUGGUUUAGAUAAUAACAACAUUCCUGCUGUUUCCUUUUUUUUUCUUUUUUUUUUUACAUUUCUGCGUCCUCAGUGAUUCCUGGCCUUCAUCAUCAUCAUCAUCAUCAGCUGUUAAAGUUUAAUUUGAAGUCUUGAUGGAGCUGAAGGGCUUUUUUUUUUUUAAACUCCAUUAAAGAUGUGCACGUUUCUGUUUUGUAUUCUUUGGUGGGUGCAGAGAGUUCAGGUGGGGGUGGGUGGACGGGGUCAGGGGUCACGCUGAGUGCCAAAUGAGCAGAAGACGUUGAUCCUUUGUAACGGACUAGUUUUGUAUGAGCGGCUGCUGGAAGAAAAAG